AUGCUUACUGCUGAAGAAGUUUAUGAAUUAUUGGUUAAUUUUACUUUACUACAUAAAUUCCCAUUAUUUGAAGCUACUCAUGAUUUGAUUAACAAUGGUGGUUCAGUAGAAGUGUUCCCUAGAUCAUUAGACGCUGAUAGUUGUAUUUUUUCAUUUAGAUUUUUUAUAGAGCUGUCAUUAACAGGAUUUACUUUUUAUUCUAAUUAUUCUAAUUACACAGUAGAUAUCGAUCAACAAUCAAUUCCAUUCACAAGCAAUAAAGAUACUAGCAAGUUUUAA